AUGCCUCGCCGUACAGCUAUCCCCAUCUCGCAAAAGAUUGCUCUACGCGCUCAACGACAACUCCAGCCAAAAGCUUCGAAUAUAGAGCUGGCUCGCUGGUUCAAAGAGACUUUUCAGCACCCAAUUGCUCUAUCUUCAGUUUCUGAAAUCCUUUCCUCACGAUACAAAUGCCUUGAUAAUCAUCUAUCUCUACACCAAACCAACUCCAAGCGUAUCCGAAUCGAAUUCUGGCCCGACCUAGAAAAGGCCUUAUUUCAGUGGGUACAACAAGCAGAAGGACAGAUCAUUAUCAGCCAGGAGGUUAUACGCGAGAAAGCGCGUUUCUUUUGGGCUAAAAUUCCCAGCUAUCAAGGGAAGGAUAUGCCUUCUUUUAGUAAUGGUUGGCUUGCUGGGUUCCAAUCUCGACGAUCAAUCAGAGCCUAUAAACAGCAUGGAGAGGAAGGCAGUGUCCCUGAGACUGCUUCUCAAGCAAUGAGACCUAUCCAACAGCUACUAUCGACGUUUCAGCCAAAUGAUAUCUACAACUGCGACGAGACGUCACUAUUUUGGAAGCAGGUCCCAGAUCGAAGCCUUUCAACACGCAGUAUACCGGGCAAGAAGAAGGAAAAAGCAAGAAUUUCAGUUUUAUUUUGCUGCAAUGCAGAUGGUUCUGAACGCCUGCCACCAUGCUUUAUUGGUACAGCUAAAAAGCCUCGUGCUUUUACAGCUGCGGGAAUCAAUAUUGAAAACUUUAAUUGCCAAUGGUAUUCCAACCGCAAAGCCUGGAUGUCAGGCCAGAUUUUUGAGGGAUGGCUCCGAUGGUUUGAUAAUACUAUGAGUGGACGAAAAGUGGUUCUUUUACUAGAUCAUAUUUCUGCUCAUAAAGCUGCUUUCGAACAAAUCGAUGAAGGCCCUUCUCCUUUGAAAAAUACCUUGGUUAUUUGGCUUCCGCCUAAUUCGACAAGCCAUUUUCAACCUCUUGAUCAGGGAAUUAUUCGAACUUGGAAGGCUUACUGGAAACGACGAUGGGUGCGUUUUAUCCUUGAAGAGUACGAAGAAGGACGAGACCCUUCAAGAUCAAUGCAUGUCCUACAUGCAGUUCGAUGGGGUAUUGAAGCUUGGGAAUUUGAUCUUUCAUCCAAAACAAUCCAGCGAUGCUUUAAUAAAGCUCUUCGUUCUGAGCAAAUACAGCUCUCUGAGAUCAAUCCGAUUAUCUCUGAUAUUACUAGGGAUUUUCAAGAGCUUCAGCAUUCAUCAAGGAUCAGAGAUCCUAUGGAUAUUGACGACUUCAUUAAUCCGAACGAUGAGGUUGUACAAGAUAAUAUCCAUGAGAUAGAUGAUCUAAUUCUUUCCCAAUUUCAACCUGAAAUUGAGCAAGAAGAGGAUGAAAUCAUUCAAGAACUACCCUCUAUCUCAAUCAAGGAAGCUAUUGAUGCAUUGGAAAGGCUUCGGUUGUACGAGGAGCAGCAACCUCGGGGUAGUUCUUCAUUUUUGCGAGAGCUUUAUAAACAUGAAAGAGUGGUGAAAGGGAGAAAAUUGGCAAACCAGGAGCAGAGGGAUAUUAGAAGUUAUUUUAAUGUCUGA